GGUCAAGCUGCCUACAAAUCUAACCCGGUUGGUCUCUCGGACCGCGUCUUGUACAAAUUCACGACCCUGAUAAUCGUAUUUCAACAUCUCCCUCUUUUAAAAUUCAAUCUGAAAUCGGUCUCCGAUUUUUCUUAAUUUUCCUAUCUAUUCUUCGAAUCAACUACCGAUUAUUUCAAUUCAUUGUUUGCUCUUUCAAUUGCUACCUCUUUCGACCUCUGCCGUUGAUUUUCAUGUUCUAGGGUUAGGGUUUCCUGUCGCAGUCCUUAGCGGCCUUUCAAUCCUUGAUUUUUGUGGGUUUUGAAUCUCCUCUGUAUAUAUCUUAAUUUCCACAUCAAUUUUGGGUCUAUUUUUGUAGUUUUUGUGCUUCAGUUUGAGAUUAGGGUUUCGAAGAUUUUGUAUCGUUUAAGGUUUGUUUGUAAUCUGUAAAUUGGUUUAGGGGUUUGAUUCCCGUCGUCGUUUCGCGUCUAUAUCACCCUUCUUCGAUCAGAAAUUUGGCUGUAGUUGGUGAAUCGAAAAUUUAGGGUUAGGGUUUCUUCGAAAAGUUUUUAGGUUCUUAUUUUUUCGAAUUGAAUUGGAGGUUCGUUUCACCAAAUUUAUAAAUCAUUUUAGAAAUUUAAUUCGGCGUCUCUAACGUCUAAAUUAGGUCUCAUAUUUUCCUUAUUCUGUUUUAGGGUUUGAAGUCGACGAAUUUUAGAGACUGAAAUGGGAUUUAAACGACCUUUUGAUUGUGAGGACUUCCAGGAGCUUCCUUUUAAGCAGGCUAGACAGGUGGACUAUAGCAACAAGAUGACUCAGUUUGCAGAUUUAUAUAGAACUACAUCUGAGGAAACUGAUGUUACCGAUGAUCAAGAAGGAAGCUUUGGAAAAUCUCAAGAGCAUGAGAGUUCUGGAAACAACUGUGUUUCUGAAGCUUCAAAGUUGGUGAAAGAUUUUGGGAUCGCUGUUCCUUGGUCUUUGGUUACGAGCAAUUCCGUGGAUGAUGAUGUUGGUUCUCGCUUCACAGCUUACUCUUCUGAUUUCCUGGAACAUGAAUUUGAUGUUCCCCGGAGAUUAGAAGCUUCUGACGAUGCUUACUUUUCAUAUUUGGAUUCUUCUCCUAGAAAACAAGUUCCUCUUGGACCAAAUCAUCAAGCGAGCAGUCCAUUGUUUGGCAAGCGUGUAAAUAAGAACCGGUUAGAAUGGGAAGACACAUUAGAUCCCGGUAGCUCCUCGCUCUCUGAGUCUGACCUCGACAUUCACACUGACAAUGAAGAGAAGUUUUUGGGCACUUGUAUUAUUCCCAUGCCAGACACAGAAACAUCUGCAGAUAAUAGUGAUGAGAUUGGAGGUGGCAGAAAAGAUUGCAGUUGCAUGGAUGAAGGCUCUGGUAGAUGUGUGCAACAGCACAUAAUGGAAGCUCGGGAAAGUCUCUUAAAAUUCCUUGGGCAUGAACAGUUAGUUCAUUUGGGAUUUUGUGAGAUGGGAGAGGAGGUGACACAUAAAUGGACCAAGGAAGAGGAACGUGUGUUUCAUGCAGUUGUGAAUUCCAAUCCUGCAUCAUUGGGCCAGAAUUUUUGGAAGCACCUGUCACACGUGUUUUCUACUCGAUCUACCAUGGAAAUUGUCAGCUAUUACUUCAAUGUAUUUAUGCUACGGAGACGGGCUGUUCAGAACAGAUCUAACUUUUUGGACAUUGACAGUGAUGAUGAUGAAUUGCAUGGAAUCAAUAGGGGAUCUUUUAAAGCUCGUGUACUAGAUGAAGAUGAUGACUCUGACAUCGAGUCUUUUGAUCAAUAUGAUCAUGCGGAUUAUGGGGAGGAUACUCUUAUUGAAGAUGGUGAAGAUGAUGAUGAUGACAGUGAUGGGGAUCAGGGAGACAGUAGCGGAGAGGCCACUGGAGAAGAUUCUGGGGUAGAUAAUGUUUCAGAAACACCUGGUACAAAAUCAUUGGAUGGGAGCAGGUUUGAUGUUGUUAAUAGGGCAGGGCUUGUUGGAGAGGAUUUCACUGUCCAAGAUAACUCGUGCAUGUCUUUUGAGUUCCAAGCUGAUACGAUAGACUCUUGUGAUCCAGCUGAUACUGAAGUUGCUGAGCAAGGUAGUCGAGUUAGGAGCCAUGAGAAAGAAUGCUUCCCUGGUAAUGGAGAUGGAUACAGUGAUGGAGUGGAUCAGGUGUACUUGUUGGAUUCUUGUGAUGCUAAAGCUUGGGAUAGCCGAUACACAGUUCCAAUAAAAGGCGUUGAUUUUCUACCAACUUGUAACAUUAUUGAAGAGAUUUUUGGACAAGGAACAUCUGGUGACAAGAAGUGACCAUGCAACGGCUAGCGCCUUCACCUGGUAGACGUUCUUGAGCAGUCCUUGGUGUACAGUGUGUAACCUUUGCAAGGAACAGGAUUGCUUUUCUAGCUAAGCACAAUGUAAGAAAUUUUCUUUGUAGGGAUUAGUGGAUUCCUUUUCUCAAUGAAGUAGGGCGAGGUGGAUAAGUGAAGAGAGGGGAUUUUGGUUACUGGGUUUCGUUCUUGUUCAUUCAUUUUGAAUGUAACAUUUGCAAGCUUCAUUAGUAGCGUUUUCCCUAUCUGUUUCAAUUACGAACUCAAAAAUUACUAUUUCUGUAGCAAAUGUAUAUAUAAUAUAUAUAAAUAUCUUAUCUUCCCAUCAUGAACAAUGGAGGGUAACAUGAAUUUUCUUCUGAUUUA